AUGACCCUUCACUCUCUAUUUUUGCUGUUUUUGGCUUACGGCUUAUCGUCGGCCUUUUGCCCCAAGGUUUGCGACGACAAGACCAAGGACUGCAAGCUGGACUUUCAACUGCACAUGCGCCCAAAUACCGUGCAAAAGAUUUGCGGCCUCAUUGGUAUGCAAAUGUUCGUCCCGGAGGCGAUGAAGGACUACGUCUUCCCAAUGAGCCAAAAGCCGAAGGACUACCGUGUGCUUAACGAUCAGCCCGACGGAGGGAAAUUCGUUCACAUCACCGGCCGCGACGGAAAACAACAUUCAUUCGUUAUAUGGCCGAUGCACGACAAGAUCAAUGGCGAGACAUGGUACAGCCAAUCGAACCUGCUAGCCUUCGACGCAGUUUGCGUUCCCCGGGGAAGCAACGUGACGGGUACAUACCCCGUCCCACCAACCGCAAAUCAUCGGGAAUUCGUUGACGAGCCGGCCACGAAGAAGCCGUCCGGA